UUUGUUUGUCUUUGUCUACAAACAGUGAAAUAGUGAAAUAAUGAGGAUGGUUGUUUCUUUGGGGAUGCUAAUGCCAUUCACCACUGAUUAACAUUGAACGGUAAUGUGAGAGCAAAAUUGGAACGUGGUGAUUUCCUUCUUCUUCUUCUCUUCCAAAUACCCCUUUUCACUCUUCCAAUAUGGACGAAGAUUCGCUCAAACGCAACACUGAUUGCGUUUAUUUUUUGGCCUCUCCCCUCACUUGCAAAAAGGGGGCUGAAUGUGAGUAUCGGCACAAUGAGAUUGCGAGGCUUAACCCUAGGGAUUGCUGGUACUGGGUAUCUGGCCAAUGCCUGAAUCCAACGUGUGCUUUUAGACACCCGCCUCUGGAUGGGCACACUGGAGUGCCAGCCCCAUCUGAACCUGCACAGAUUUCAUUGCCUGCAAACAAGACAAUGGUUCCGUGUUAUUUUUUCUUCAAUGGAUUUUGCAACAAAGGUGACAAAUGCUUCUUUUUGCAUGGGUCUGAUGAUAGCAUUUUUACUGUAAAACCUGUGAAGAAUGAUAACGGAAGCACCGAUGCACGCAAUCUAGAAAAUAAAACAUCAUCAGGAAAUGGAACUGCUGUAGCGUCAGUACCAACUCACCAAUCUUUAACUGCUCCAAAGCAUUUGUCUGAUUUUAAGCGUCAGCCCAAGGAACAGUUACCGUUAUCCAAAAAUGUUAAGCAGCAAGGCGAUUCCCUAGUGAUAUCUGCUUCUGAAUACAAAGAAGCUGCAGUGAGUAGGUCAGACUCUCCGUUUCCAGAUGAUGGCUUUGUACAUAAUGUAUCUCAUUUACGCACUGAGCGGAGUUCGGAGGAGCAAGUAAAUAGUCAAAUUGAGCCUGAGGAGAGGUGGGAAUCAUCCCCUCAUUCCCCUGGAUUUGACGUUCUUGUUCACAAUGAAUUGGAGAACUUGGGUUACGAGGAAGAUUCUGAAUAUUUACCAGUGCUUGAUAGGAAUGAGCAAGAGCUGAAUGAACAGUACUUGGGGUAUGAAUUUAAGGAUCCAGUUGAGUAUGAUACUAUGUGCCCGGAAGCUGAUAUUCUGUAUCCACAAGAAACAUAUGAUGGUUACAGAUGUUUUGAUAGUGACCUUGCUCACGGUAAUGGCAGAACAGUUCGUACUUAUUCCAGAGAUAUAUUCUUAGAUUCUAUAUUCUCCAGGAAAAGGAUUCGGAUGUCAGCUGAGGUGGCUGCCUAUGACAAUAAUUUAGAUCUGCGUGACCAUCUGAGGAGACGUAGAGAAAAUAACGAGCCUCCCAUUGCAGGUUUCUUAAGAAGACAAGAAUCGUCUUCUUUGAUGAUUCGAAACCAGGAAAGGCACCAGAGGCCUGGCAUUGACCAGCGGCCAAGUAGAAGAUUGACAUCACAACUAGGAUAUAGUGCUAUAGAUUCGAUUGGAGAGGUUGAAACUCUUUCAAUCGCUAACAAGCACAGGUUAUUCAGGCGUUCCCAGCAACACAAACCAAGGAAGCAUUAUAGAGAAAAGCCAGCGAAACGACCAUUUCUGUCAUCUAAAAUAUCCAGGAAACCAGUUUUUAAACAAAGGGGAUUUGUUGAGGAAUCUACUGCAUUUUCAGGACCUAAGACUCUUGCAGAAAUUAGAGAAGAGAAGAAGAAGGCUGAAGAAGGUUUACAUUGGAAACGCCCAUCAACUGAUUUCCAGGAUCCCAAACCUCUGAGUGAAAUUCUGAAGGACAAAAGGACUAUGGAUUAGUGAGACGUGGCUGCAAAAGGACUAAUGAUUGAUGAUAGUAAAAACCUACGAUAAAGGAUAAAGUUGGCUGUUGGCCGUGUUUUCUUAGCAUCCUUUACCGUGCUAGGUACAAUGACCCUGUUUUUGCCAUCGGUAGAUGGUGAUAGAUUUUCGUUCGAGUGAGUGGAAGGUUUUUGAGGCCUGAGGCGGAUAAGAUAGAUAUUAGAUAACCAGUGUUUGAAUAUGUUGAUUUGGACAGGACAUCUUAACCUAGAGAGCAUAUUACUGAUUUACAUUAAUUUUACGUGUGAUUUGGCUUACUUCUUUUCCUGUACAGACCUUCUGCCUUAGAUCAUGACUUGCUUGGAGAAUGUUUUUAGUAUAUGAUGAUAUUUAGGAUUUUGACAAUUAUUGUUGCUCCGGUAAGAAAAGAAACCUUUUUAACACAUUUGUAUAAAUUAUAUUGAUUGUGGAUUUUGAUUGGUAGGCGUA